AUGUUUUCCAAAUUAACGUAUAAAAUUUUAUUAUGCUUGGCGUUAUUGACAGUUGUAGAUGGUUUAUUUCGACCAGCCAAGAAACCAGAUAAGAGAUGUUCGAUGCCUAGUGGUCGAUCAUGUACAGCACUAACAACUAAGCAAAUGGCAAAGCAAGGCUUAGCAGUAUAUUUUAAAUUUCCUUGCAGCGGAAUUGGAUGUCAUUUUUAUCGACCAUAUUGUCGUAUUUGUGCUAAUAAUACAAAAAAAGUGGGUAAACCAUAUGUUGCUUGUCCACCUUGUAUGGCUAAUGUAACCCCAACAACGUUACAAAAUCAAACAAAGAAUGAAUAUAAAUGUUUUAUGCCUCGUGAUCGAUCAUGUUCAUCGUUAACUCCAUCGGUAACAAAAUCUCAAGGUUUAAGAUUAUAUUAUGAAUAUCCUUGUCGUGGACUUGGAUGUGGUUUUAAACGACCAUAUUGCCGACUUUGUGUAAUAGAUCGUAUAAAAAAUCUUGCUCCCUAUCCUAAAUGUCCAGCAUGUAUGACUUAA